AUGAGGGCUGCCUUUGCAGGGAGUGCUGCCUUCGCAAGGGGUGGUGCCUUCACAAGGAGUGCUGCCUUUGCAAGGAGUGCUGCCUUCGCAAGAAGAGCUGCCUUCGCUAGCAGUUCUGCCCUUCUAAGGAGAGCUGGCUUCGCAAGGAGUGCUGAUAUCGCUAGGAGUCCUGCUUUCGCAAGGAGGGCUGACUUCGCAGGGAGUGCUGCCUUUGCAAGGAGUGCUGCCUUCGCAAGGAGUGGUGCCUUCGCAAGGAGUGCUGCCUUCGCAGGGAGUGCUGCAUCCGCAAGGAGUGCUGCCUUCGCAAGGUGUGCUGCCUUCAGAAGAAGUGCUGCCUUUGCAAGGAACGCUGCCAUCACAAGGAGUGCUGCCUUUGCAAGGAGUGCUGCCUUCGCAAGGAGUGCUGCCUUCGCAAGGAGCGCUGCAUUCACAAGGAGUCCUGCUUUCGCAAGGAGGGCUGCCUUCGCAGGGAGUGCUGCCUUCGCAAGGGGUAAUGCCUUCGCAAGUAGUUCUGCUUUCGCAGGGAGUACUGCCUUUGCAAGGAGUGCUGCCUUCCAAGGAGUGCUGCCUUCGCAAGGAGUGCUCCCUUCGCAAAGAGAGCUGCCUUCGCAAGGAGUGCUGCCUUCGCAAGGAGUGCUGCCUUUGCAAGGAGUGCUGCCUUCGCAAGGAGUACUGCCUUCCCAAGGAGUGCUGCCUUGGGACAGAGUGCUGCCUUCCCUAGGAGUGUUGCCUUCGUACAGAGUGCAGCCUUCGCAAGGAGUGCUGCCUUCGCAAGGUGUGCUGCCUUUGCAAGGGGUAAUGCCUUCGGAGGGAGUGCUGCCUUCGCAAGGGGUGGUGCCUUCGCAAGGAGUGUUGCCUUCGCAAGGAGUGCUGCCUUUGCAAGGAGUGCUUCCUUCGCAAGGAGUGCUGCCUUCGCAAGGAGUGCUGCCUUCGCAAGGAGUGCUGCCUUCGCUAGGAGUGCUGCCCUCACAAGGAGGGCUGCUUUCGCAAGGAGGGCUACCUUCGCAGGGAGUGCUGCCUUCGCAAGGGGUAAUGCCUUCGCAGGGAGUGCUGCCUUCGCAAGGGGUGGUGCCUUCGCAAGGAGUGUUGCCUUCACAAGGAGUGCUGCAUUCACAAGGAGUGCUGCCUCCGCAAGGAGUGCUGCUUUCGCAAGGAGUACUGCCUUCGCAAGGAGUACUGCCUUCGCAAGGAGUGCUGCCUUCACAAGGAGUGCUGCCUUCGCUAGGAGUGCUGUCUUCGCAAGGAGGGCUGCCUUCGAGAGGAGGGCUGCCUUCGCAGGGAGUGCUGCCUUCGCAAGGGGUAAUGCCUUCGCAAGUAGUGCUGCCUUCUCAGGGAGUACUGCCUUUGAACGAGUGCUGCCUUCCAAUGAGUGCUGCCUUCGCAAGGAGUACUGCCUUCGCAAGGAGUACUGCCUUCGCAAGGAGUGCUGCCUUCGCAAGGAGUGCUGCUUUCGCAAGGAGUGCUGCCUUCGCAAGGAGUGCUGCCUUUGCAAUGAGGGCUGCCUUUGCAGGGAGUGCGGCCUUCGCAAGGGGUGGUGCCUUCACAAGUGUGCUGCCUUCGCAAGGAGUGCUGCCUUCGCAAGGAGUGCUGCCUUCGCAAUGA